AUGGAUUUUGUUCGUAAAGGGAAGCUUUGUGAUAAUUGUUUGCGAAGGAAUCAUCUGGCGAAAAGACGUAGAUUUAAUCCCGCCUGUAUGAUAAGUGGUUGUGGAAGGAAACAUCACUCCCUUUUGCACCCCCCAUCGAAAUCAGAAAAUGAAUCCAGUAAAGGUCCUAACGAUCCAGGAAGAAGUGAAGAAUCCCCUCAUGGCAACGAGGCCGGUAGUUCUGGAAACUGUUCUGCUACCGCAAACAGACGUCAGAAGGUGAGCCUCAGGAUUGUUCCCGUGAAAGUGAAGAACGAGGAUGGAACUCGUGAAAUAGAAACUUACGCAUUUAUUGACAACGGUUCCGACACGACAUUGUGUUCGAAGGAUUUAGUACAUGAACUUAAUCUAUCAAGUAAACCUUGUGAAUUCACUUUAACCACAGUCAAUGGACUAGAUAAGUCAAGGAAUGGUCAAGAAGUAAAGUUAAACAUUCAGAGUUUAAAUGGUGAAGGUAGCAUUCAGGUAGAUCGUGUCUGGACUGUCGAAAGCCUACCAAUAUCUGAACAGUGUAUUCCAACAGUUGAAGAGAUCAACC